AUGCGUCGGUUAUUGGCAGCAGAGAAAAUGUCCGGGAAGCUAAAUUCACACGCGGUGGGCUGCGGUGUUGAUGUCACGGGUGGUGGCGGCUCUGAAGGUGGUGAUGGAGGCAGUCUUGAGGAGAUCCUCAUGCGGGCUCUCCCUCCGGGGAUGCAGACCGCGGCCGGGGGCGUCGGGGUGCCGCCCGGCGCCGCCCCUUUCCACCCCCCACCCGUGGCCUACCGGCAGUCGGGGGGCCACCACCCCCUCCCCGCGAACGUCGGGGGCCCGCCGCCUCCCCCGCCUGCGUCUGGGCCUAGCAAGCGGUGCUAUUGGUGCCACCUGUGCAAGCGAGAGUUCCCGUUCCCAUCCAAGCUGAACGAGCACAUGCGCACGCACACGGGCGAGAAGCCGUUCGCGUGCCCCCUGUGCCCGUUUCGGACCUCCCUCAAGUGGAACCUCAAGUCGCACAUGCUGAGGCACCAGGACUCCCUGGGCGUCUCGCGGCCGCAGACCUGAGGCAGGGAGGGACCUCGGCUCCUGCCAUUGAUUGCAGGAGGGGGAGGGCGAGAGGGGGGGUCGCGGCGAUGGUGGCGGUGGCGGGGCCCGGAGCGACGCCACGCAUGGUGCUAUGGUGUGUAAAUGCACACGCGGAUGAGAGGAGAGAGAGCGUGAGAGUGUGUGUAGACCCUUUCACCCUUGUAAUCACCCAUUAGCUCGUACAGUCACAAUUCAUCUACUCAUGCUCAUGAUGUGUAUACGAUUAGUGUGAAGAAUGCAUGACAGGAUACGGUGACAGUUGUGAAAACGAAAGGCCUGAAGUUUUUCCCCUUUCUUUCUUUUUGAAGAAGUAUAGUUCCUUUUAUACAAUGCUGUGACACAGGCCUCUCUUUUUUAUGGUCAUAUUGUUUGCAGAGACCAAAUAAUUUAAAAAAACAAGGAUUUAUGAAAUGUCUUUAUUAUAAUGUAUCAAUUAUAUGUUUUCUGAACUUUUAUUUCCGAGUGUCGCGCUGCAGAUAGAAUUCUGAAUAAAUAUUUUGUCAAUACAGAUGGUUUUAUAAUCUCCCGAAAUGACUAUCCAAACUACUUUUGGACACCUGGACUGGUUGAGAUCUUUAUUUUAGUUAUACAUUAUUUUAUUUUUGAAUACCUGUGAUUGGUAACAAAUGCUGACCGUCUCUCAGUCUUUGCUCGGACUGACAGUGACCUACGAAGACGAUGACAAAGUACUGGAGAAAGCACUUGCUUAAUGACACACAUUAAAGACGUAAAUAAAUAAAUGAGUAAAUAUCUAUAUACUUUGUGUAACGUUACUGAAGACCAAAAGGGUGGAGUGAAGCCAGAAGCAGAUGUGUUAGCUGCAUGUAUCCUGUAUGUGAGGUACAUGUGGGUAGUGUGGCUGGCUGUUAAGUCACGCACGCACGCACGCACACCUGGUGGGUAGAGCAGCGUGGGCAGCAUGCGGCACAUGGGAUGAGGGGGCACAGGUGCAGCCAGCCAUCACCAGUAGCUCAGCACGAGGAUCAACCUGCAUUUCCCUACUUGCAGGAGGUUGUUGCGCGCCACCAGCACACCGUGGCCAACUUCAAACACUGGAUAAGUGACGCCCUGGGCAGGCUGCAGGCGGCGCACCUCAGCCCCCCCGCCCUGCUAAAGCUCAACCCCCUCUUGGGCAGCGCCGCCAGCCCCGCCCUCAGCGUGGCGUGGGUCGAGCCGCCCGCCGCCCCCGCCUCCGCCUCCAGGCAGAGAAGACCCGCCUCCACCCCCGGGCCCUCCCGCUCCCCCACCUCCUCCUCCUCCUCCUCGACCUACCCCUCGGAGCUGCCCGGGGAGAGAAAGGCCAACCAGCAGCACGUGUGCCCCCAGUGUAGCGACACCUUCCCCCUGCCCGUCAUGCUGGCCAUGCACUCGCUCAACCACGUGGAGGAGCGGCCCUUCACCUGCCCCUACCCGAGCUGCCACUACAACUCCGUCAUGCGGGGCAACGUGAAGCGCCACAUCCGCAUCUCCCACUCGCACCACACCUUCCCCGGAUAAGGCCGCCGGGCAGCGCGGCCGCGGGCUCUCGCCGUCAGAUACUCGCGCUCCCCCGCCCCGCGGUCGGCGCCAGGCGGGCUGUGCGGAAGCGAGGUCCAGUGUGAACGCAGAACUCGUGAUGACGUUGUUGAGUGAAUGCUGUCGUUUCAUUACGAGGAUAAUGACUACUUUACAUUGCCCGCCGGAGGGUGUGCUCUUAUACAGUGUGAAAGGGGAUCGGGGGGCAAGUGAGAUUUAUUAAGCCAGCUAGGAGUGACUGCUACGUUGGUGAUGUGCAGUGAUAGGCAUGUAUCUGUGUUAUUUACGACGCUUAACGAACACGAAGGCGAUGAAUAAGGGAAUUCUUUAGUCAUUUAUGCUUUACUUUUUAGUCACUUGUUUU